AUGCAUCGUUGUCAUGUUCAAGCACAACUGUUUAGAUGUUUUAUGUUGCGAGAGGUAGAGGGUAGUUCUACUGAUGCCAUUAUGAUUUACAUAAAUGGCACCACUCUACGUUUCACUCAUAGAGAUUUCUGUCUUGUUUCUGGGCUUAAAUGCAGUGAUGAUUGUCAGAAUUUUGUGUUCAACAUUGAAGAACCAAAUAGAAUUCUUCAGAUGUAUUUUAAAAAAAAAAAGAGCAUAUCGAAAGCAGAAUUUGUUCAAAGUUUUAAUAAUAAGGUAUGGGGUGACAACGUUGACGAUGCAUUGAAGUUUGGAAUUCUGUAUUUCAUACAUUCUUACAUUCUAUCUGAAGAGUCAAUCUCUACAACAAUUGAGCGAAUCGACUUUGACUUGGUAGAAUCUGGAAUGUAUAUGGAUUAUCCGUGGGAUAACAAAGCGUUUGAGGAGCUAACAAAAAAUAUACAUGGAAAGAUGAAAAGAACAGGGAAGUACUACAGAAUUCAUGGGUUUCCUAUUGCUAUGCAAAUUACUUUUCGGAACAUAACUCCAACCCCAUUGAAAAUUGCAAUUAUUCCAUUGCCGUUGGAGUAUGUCCAAUCUGAUACAGCUUCACCAUCAAUACCACCUUCCAACAUUGAAGCAAAUGAUGUUAUACAAUCCCCUGAUUCAGAUGAUGACUUUCAAGACCCAUCAAAAUCAAUUAAUAAUAAGGGACAGGAAAAGGUUGUAUCUAAUUCAGAUAUCUUAUCUACCAAGAAGAUGGUCAGACAAUCUGUCCCGGCUAUACCAAAGAAGAUCCCACCCAAAGUUGUUCAAGAUCACGAUAUAAAAAGGCCACAAACACGUAAUGCCCAAGUCUCUCCAUCAGUGAAGACUGGUAUUACAACAUCGAACAACGAUUCAUCUCAAAUCAACAUUUUUCGUGCUGAAUUUGAUUUAUUCAACUUGUCCGUUAAAGAAGAGUUUACAAAUUUAAGAAAGCUGAUACAAGACAACUUCAAUAUUGUAUUGAAUGCCAUUAACAUCAAAAAAUCAACUGCCAAGGAUUCUGAUUUAGAAGUUCCACCGAAAUAUCCAAUUGAGGGCAUGCCGCAGCCACCUAUACAGUCUCCGUCUUCAAGUUCCGAACUACAACGUUCAGAUGAAAUGAAUAACUUAGAGAACAACGAGAAAUUAAUUAAAUCCAAGACUGUUGGUCAGUCUUUGAAGGUUCUCACCACUGACGAGUUAUCAUCGGAUGAUACAAUUUUAGAGCAUGUUAGUCAAGAUUUACCUCCUGAAUAUCAAGUAGAUCCAGAUUUCAUGUAUGAUCAUUUAGAAGUUAACAAAAACUCAGUGGAUGUUCUUGUCAACGAUGAAUAUGUACCUGAUCAAAUAGAAGAUGUUCAAAAACAAGAUUCUACUGUUGGUGUUGAUCAAUUAGAUGAUAACAUGCAAAAUGCUAAAGAACACAUCAUAUGUGUUGCACCGAUUCAGAUGCUAUCUCAUGUUGAUGCAAGCUACAAUAGAGUCUUAACGGAAUCUCCGAUAUUGAUUCCUGGUCUACAACUUUCGAGACUCAACCCAAAAAGAAGUAUUGUCUUACAUUCAGGGGCAGGAGUGAUGGAUGAAACACCAAUCCAUCAAAUUAGGCGUCCAGAACGAUAUAAUACAUCGCCAUACAUUACAACUUUUAAAUCUUCUUCUGGUAGUUCUUCAAAGUUGCCUAUAAUCUUUGAUCAAAAGCAUCCAUUUGAUUCUAUUAGUGGAACACAUGAUACAUCGCUAUAUACCAAUUUUUGGAAAUGGUUAAGAGAAGCAUAUACAGAGUUCUUGAGUGAUGGCAAUGGCAUUUCAAAAGGUCCAUUUGAUCCUAAUUUAAUGCAUAGCAAAAAUGUAGUGCUGUUGUGGAAUUAUGGCAUGCUCAAAAUUCAAGCUGAGGCGAUUAGUGACAGUGAGGCACCAGACAAGCCAAUCAGAUCAAACGUUGAUGUGGAUAGUAGUGAACGUAUCACAAUCAUUUAG